CAAUGAACUCCCAUUUUAUAGCCUCAACUGGCACUGGGCUGGGUGGGUACUCUGUCUUGGUUUGCUUGCUUCUAAAAUGGAUUGAAAUGUCUUUUAUUAUUAUUAUCCCUUUGCCUGUCCAAAAAUUGAUAAGGGCAAUGUUUAUAUAGACUUGUACAUUUUACAGGGAGCCCUGGUGGUGCUGUGGUUAAAACACGCUGUUACUAACUGAAAAGUCAGCAGUUCAAACCCACCAGCCGCUCCUCAGGAGAAAGAUGUGGCAGUCGGCUUCUGUAAAGAUUUAGAACCUUGGAAACCCUAUGGGAGAGCUCUACUCUCUCCUACAGGGUCGCUGUGAGUCGGAAUCGACUUGACGGCAGUGGGUUUACAUUUCACAAAAGGUUUCCAUGUAUUUUCUUCUUUGAUAUAGGAGGUGAACAAAAUUGGCAAACUGGGUGCGCAAAAUGCAAGCUCUUUUAAAGUUCACAACCCUUAGUUAUUAGAGAGCCCCCAGGGCCUACUCACUCAAGCCAAAAAAACUCCAAAAACCAGUGAGUGUCUCUUUAUUCUUACAUCGUAGCAUUUCUAGCAAGCAUGUGGCUCUGUCAGGAACUGGGGAGGAGGAGUGAAGUGGGGGGCAGGUUUAGAGUCUGAGAGACUUCAGUCCCACAUCCACCAUCUACCUGGUGUGAUACUCAGACAAAUCAUUUGAGCUACAGCUUCCUUAUCUAUAAAAUGGGUAUAAUACCCAAUGCAGAGGUGUGUGAGGAUUAAAAAGACUAAAUAUGCUAUGAAAAGCACCAAAAACCCACUGCUGUUGAGUCAACUCUGCCUCAUAGCAAACCUAUAGGAUAGAGUAGAACUGCCCCAUAGGGUUUCCAAAGAGCACUUGGUGGAUUCGAACUGCUAACCUUUUGGAUAGCAGCUAAACUCUUAACCACUAUGCCACCAAGGUUUCCAUGACAAUGACAAUACCUAGCAAAUAGUAGUUACUGUUGUGUGCCAUCGAGUGGAUUUCAAUUCAUACUGAUUCUAUAGGACAGAGUCAGAACUGCCCCAUAGUGUUUCCUAGGCUGUAAUCUUUAUGGGAGCAGAUCGCCAGGUCUUUUCUACAGGGGAGCCCAAGGUGGGCUGAAACCCUUGAUUUUUCUGUUAGCAGUCAAGUGUUUAACCACUUCUAUGAAAAGACUUGGUUACCUCAAGUCAUGUUAGAAUCUGCAAAUAGAAUGGAUAGAGAGGAGUUAUAAAUGAUAAGUGAGUAAGUGACAAUUGAUGCUCAGGGAAAAAGCAAAGCAAUCCCAACGCAAAUCAAGGACAAGGCACAAAACAGCAGGCUAAGAGCUCUGCUUAACCUAGCCCAGCAUUUACUUAUCACUAAAAGAGUGACAGAAGUCCCUGGGUGGCACAAAUGGUAAGUGGUUGACUAAUUGAAAGGUUAGUGGUUGGAAUCCAUCUAGCAAUGCCUCAGGAGACAGGUGUGGUGGUCCAAUUCCAAAAGAUCACAGCCUUGAAAACCCUAUGGAGUAGUUCUACUCUGAAGCCGAAGGGGGUUACCAUGAAUCAGAGUCAACUUGAUGGCAAUGGGGUUUUGUUUUUCUUUUUUUUUUUUUUUUAAGGGGAAUGACUGAUAUUCAUCUAGACCCUCUGGCAGCCCCAAACUUUAAAUGAUGUUUAGUGGCCUAAAUAGAAAAAAAUAGAGUAUACCUGAAAAGAAUGUACAGAAACAGACUAGUGGGAAAGACAAUUGUUUGGUCUGAUAACAUUUCUUUUACAACCGCAGUACCGCAGUAUGAAGGCCUGUGCAUGUGUGUGUGUGUGUGUGCACGCAAAUGUUACAGAAAAUAGCAAACACUAUUUAAAAGGACUAUAAAUAUUUUUAAACAAAAAGAAAAACACACUCAUCUUAUGCGAUGGUCAGGUUUCUUCUAAAGAAGGCUUGGCUGGUUAAAGUACUGAAGUCCUGUGUGUUCACUUUGGAUCUGAGGACCCAAAUAUUAAACACACCCAUUGCUAACCUUCGUCGCUGUUAGACCAGUUGAGCCGGUUAACACCUGAGUCCAGAUUCCACCAAUCCUCACGUCUUCCCUAGUACCCUGCUCAACAAUUGGGAGAUUAAUUGACUCAUAGAGUGAAAGUCUCUGAGUUUUGUUUUGUUUUCUUUCUAUUGGGGUAAAAUACACACAACUUGAAAUUUGCUCUUUUAACCAUUUUCAAGAGUACAAUCCAGUGGUGUUUAUCACAUUCACAAGGUUGCACAAUUAUCAUCACUCUUUAUUUCCAAAGCUUUUCAUCACCUCUAGCAGAAACUGUAUACCUAUUAAACAAUAGCUCCCCAUUCUGCCUUCCCUUCAGGCCUUGGUAAUCACUAAUCUACUCUCUGUCUCUAUGCAUGUAUCUGGUAUAGAUAUUUCAUGUGAAUGGGAUCAUAUAAGAGGUGUCCUUUUGUGUCUGGCUUAUUUCACUUGGAUAAUGUUCCCCAGGUUCUUCUAUGUUGUAGCAUGUACUAGAACUUCAUUCCUUUUUAUGGUGGAAUAAAAUUCUAUCAUCCACGUCUAUAUAUUUAUAUCUAUACACCACAUUUGGUUUAUCCAUUCAUCUAUUUUAGACAAAGCUUGUUUUUCUUAGAACCUUUGACCUGGAAGUGAUCUCAAGUGGGCAUUUAGUUCACGCUUCUGGAUUUGGGAAAAGCUACACUGGUACAGUUUCAGGAAGUUCCCUGAUUUUCCUUUUAUUAAACAUAUCUCAAGAGUGACACUCCUCAGACUUCCUUAGUAAGAGUGUAUCGCGUGUUUACCAGCCCCUUGGUGGAACCACUUCUGCUUUUGCUCAUGUUUUGAAUCCUGUCCUGGCUACCACUUCUUUCCUCCUCUUUAACCAUUUUACAUCACUUAUCCUGCCUGGAGUGAGACAGACUCCAGCUUCUCCUUCACCUUUGAGGCGGUGGACAGCUGCCAUCUGUUUGUGUACUUUUUAUUGUUGUGUGAUAUUCCAUAAUCCUGUCUUCCCCGCUCUACUGGUUUGCUUCUGAAUUCUCCUGUUCCUUAAAACCAGACCUCAUGUCCUCCCCCAGAUUCUAAAAUAAAGGAGGAAUAUUUUUGCUCUCAAGCUCACUUUUGGAUUUUUUAAAGUGCUGACAAUGUGUCUAACAUACUAGACACUAAGAAAAUUACAAAGUAAGAAAAAGCUUAAAACUAGACAUAGAGAAUAGUGCUAUGAGAAAGUUGUUGAGGAGACAUGACACCAUAUUACAGGCCUUAAAUCCCUAGCUGAAAUAGUUGGACAUUACCAUUUGGACUCCUACUCCAAAUGGAGGACGUAUGGAGACUACUGGAGGAUUUUGGCUGGGAAAGCGAAAGAAGAAAUUAGUUGACUGAUCUGGCACUACUGUGCAUGGGAAUUAGGAGACAAGCUAACCAGUGUUGGGGGGGGGUGGUUGUGGGAAUACUAUUGUGGUCACAUGUGUGUGUGUUACGUGCAUGUGUAAUACAAAAAAAUCAUUGACUCUUGAGGGCUUGAAAGUGUUGAUUAUUGUACCACGCAGUAUCCCCUGUGACUGUUACAAAAACCACAGUGCUCAGGAUGGUACUCAUUACCCAACUGGAGAGACAGCCAAGCCUUAAGUUUUACUUCAACCUGGUGAUUGUUUGAUUCUCAGAAUUUGGUUUAAGAUAGACCAAAUUGGUAAAGAAUGGAGAGAUACUCAGGUGGAUCCCAAAUGGGUCUCUGUAUGUUCCCCUUCACUUUCCUCUGGCUAGACUUAGCCCCAUCACCAUCACCUCUUCCUUGGACCACUCCAGUAGCCUCCUAACUGGGACUCUGUCUCGUCUUUUGUCACCCCACCCCUCAUAACCAGUUCUUCACACUGCGGCCAGAGCAAAUUUAUCAAACACCAGUUAUGAGUAAAGUACCCUGCAAAAGAUGUGCCACAAACCUGAAAAUCAGGUCUAACCAUCCCUAUGUUAUAGCUAAGUGCUGUUAGGACUUAAACACUAUGUCAGGGAGAGAGCAGGCAGAUAAAUCUGUGCCUUCACUUGAAGAUAACCAUAUGAGAUGUCAGAGACAGGAAGACAACCAAGUGGGAAAAAAAGGCAAGAUGUAUGAGAAGGGAUUUCACGUGGAAGGACACAUGAAUGGCCGUUGAAUACAGGCAAAGACGCUCCAUCUUACUUAGAGAAAAGUAAAACAACGUAAGAUAGCUUUUGCAUCAUAAGAUCAGCAAAAUGGACAGAAUUUAGAAGUCUGACAUUCUCAAGUGUUGGUGAGGACAUGAAGGAACGAAACUUUUCCACUUUACAGGAUAGGGUAAUUGUGUAGAGGAAAAUCCGGGAUUUUCUAAUACAGUUGAAUAUGCACCCACCAAAUAAAUUUGGAAUUGCACUCAUUAGGUAACUUCUCCAAUCCCACACAAAAGAAUAUUACGAGAAUCUUCAUAGUAGCACUGUUUAUGAGAGAAAAGAAAGAAAUUUGGAACAACCUAAAUGUCCACCAGAGAGGAAAAACGAUUGAAUUCAGGAGUUUUUAGCAAUAAAGUAGUACGUCUCAUGACUGACAAAGCAAAUCUGAGUGUACCCAUCUGAAGAUCCAUAAAUAUAUUUUAUUUGAAUUCCUUCCUUCCUCUUUCUCAUUAGCAAACAAUGCUAUCCAGUUUCACCCACUUUUCAAGGUAAUUAAGAACUAGCAGUAAAUUGUCAGGGUUUCCUGUUAUUUUUAAUCGCAAAUUCUACAACCCCUAAUCAGCUCUGCUUUCAGUGCCAAGUGGUUCAUUCUCCACAUACUAGGAAACGCAUUUGGCCUGGAAAACAAUCCCUGGAAGUGUAAGGUUCAUUCCUGUCGCCCCACUAGCAAAAUAAAAUGUCAGUGCACAUGUCUUAAGAAGAGGAAUUGCCAGGGGAAUUGUGAUGGCCCUGUGUUAACUUCAUAAACUUUGGGGCAACUAUGCCAAUUGGAUGUGGCACACAUGCCAAUCCUCAAGCCAUAGAAACAAGAUAGGACGUAAGGGGGAAACUGAAAAAAAAAAAAGUAUAGAGAUUAUAAAUAACUUUCAACAGUUCCCAUAAUGAUGAGAAUCUUGUAUGGGAAUCACUUGACAUUUUUUAUGGCAGCCCCUUUUGGGUGCAGAUGUAAACCUUGCAAAGGGUGUAUGUACAUUGGAACCUCGUUGUAACAUUGAUGUUGCCAAAAACCAAAUCCUUGUCAUAGAGUUGAUUCUGACUCGUGGCAACCCCGUCUGUUACUGAGUAGAACUGCUCUUUAGGAUUUUCUUGGCUGCAAUCUUUAUGGAAGCAAAUCUUCAGGCCUUUCUUUCAGGGCACCAGUGGGUGGCUUCAAACUGCUGACCUUUAGGUUAGCAGUUGAUCACAAACUGCUUGGGCCAUCCAGGGACCUAUGCUGAUGUUACCAAAAGCAAACCCAUAGCUGUGGAGUCAAUUUUGACUCAUAUAAAAAUGUACACUCAGAGCUUAAGAAAGAGUUCUAGAAGUGUGGAAGCCCUGAGGGUCCCCAACCUCUUAUAAUAUUAAGACCUUAUUUGCCUUUUUUAUGCUUGUUCUCUCAUUAGUGUACAGUGCUGUUUUUCAGAGGUUGCAUGACCUAUUAUAUCAUAAGCAAUUGGAUGCAGAAGCAGAUGUGACAAUCCAGCUGUCUUUUAUUAAGACAAAUGUUAAAGAGAUGGCCAAACAUGAAGAACAAUACCAUUAUUCUCAAUCCAUUUUCUUUGGAAAGUACAGUUAUUUUUCACAAAAUGUGUGUUAUCUACACUGAUAAUUAAUGGGCUUAUUAUUGUUAUUUAAAGUAAGAAAAUAAUGAUAAAAUAAUAUUCUCUUAAGGAUACCACAUCACCAUAAUUACAAUAAAAAGUUCAAAAAAUGUUCUGGUUUGAUUUCUAAUCUAGUAAAUACCAACAGAUGUAACACACAUAAACAAAAGCACUUUGGACUCGAAGGUAAUUUUUAAGAGUGCAGUGAUUUGCAAACAGCUGGCCUCUGGCCUGUUACAGGAAGUUUUACUGGUAAGUCAAUUACUCUCUUUCUCUCCUGGGUGCUCCGCACACUCUCUACCCAACAAAGAGCAGCAGAAAGUGUGGCCGGGAAUCUAUCUGUUGAACGGAGGUUGCUUUUUAUGCCUGUUUCUAAAUCUCAGUGCUCUGUGGACUACCUCCUUUGAAGAUAGAUGUCUGUCCCUGUUGCUAUCAUCCUAUUCCGAAAUUUUAGACAGAAGCAGCUCUCACAGCCCUGGUAGCAGAGGACGGCCUCGGGGACCCCUGCAGUACAGAGUUGAAGGUGGAUGACUCAGCCAGGUUAAUGGCAUCCCUCAGAAGCCACGUGGGAUCUCAUUCCUCUUUUUGGGCGUUCCAAUUUAGGCCAGUGCAGGCUGCGUAGUAACUGCUCAUAAAAAAAUUUUUUUUUUUGCUUGAAAAGAUGGAGUAAUUCAUUUACAGUGACAACUGUGAACAGAUUUAAGCAGCCAUUCCUGGGAUGAAGGCCUUGUCAGAAGGUAGGCAAAAAGACUUUAACUCACGUCCUAGUGCGAUGCCUCGCUCCUUCCUACGCUCCCACUGGCAGCGAGGAAAUACCGGGACAUGGAAACGCUCUACCAGGACAGGGCGCCAGCACCUGUAUGGGGUUGUCUGCUCUCCGUGAAAUCCUCAGAGGCUCCAACCCCUUCAGGCAGGUAGACACCGGGCUGGGGAAUCUGUGGCUGAGCCAAGUGUGGGUGGGGUGUUUAUCAUGUUCAACCAUUACCAAUAGGAAAGGUGCAGAGGAAACACGGCAGGUGGUCCCCAGGGCACUGCCCUGACCUGCUGGGGGGCCGACUCCGCCUCUUAGCGCAGGUGUGGGGCCCCCAGGGCCCGGUGGAGCUCCAUCUACUUCCGUCUUUCCCUGUCGAACUUUGCCAGGUAGGCUAUGCUGGCUUCUCCCCAGGGAGCCGGUGUUUGGGGUUUCGGAUUAGACAGCCAGGCCCAGGCCGAUCCCGAAGGUAAGCAAGUCUCUGGGGGAAGCAGGUUCCCGCCCUGGCGAGGCUUCGCGCGACGCACGGGCGGGGACCUGGGCCACCCCACGGGGACUCUGGGCUGCGGGGCUGCUUGAGGACACGCGGGGUCUGGAGCCGGGCCCCCCGAUCCUGCCUCACUGAAGGUGGGAGAUGGGGAUAACAGCGGGGAACCUCACUCUUGCCGACAGCUACCUCCGACUCCCCCCAGCACGUCUUCCUGUCCCUCAGAUCCCUCCUUUGCCCGCGCACGGAGCUCCCCUCCCUGGGUACUGGGGAUCAGGGCGCUGAAAAGCCGGAGCAGGGGAAGGAGUCUCUGGGAGCACAUGUGGGGAAAUGUGGGGCCAAAGGCUGGAGGGCCCGCAGGCAGAAGGGAAAGUCGGUUCCCUAAGCUGGAGUCUGAGAUUCCCGGGGGCAGCAGCCGGCUCCUUGCGCCUGGGAGGACGCGCUCCCGCUCUCGCUGUUUCUGUUCCCCACGCCGCCCCUUCUGUGUUCCUUGUAGCCCAGAAUGGGGGUGCCAUGCCUGCUGUUCUGCGGUGUAUCCCUCGCCCUUCCGCUUUUUGUCAGAGCAGUUGAAUGCAAGGACAGUAGUGUGAAAAACGAGAUUAUUUCAGUAGACCACCCUUUUGCGUUUAAUUGCACAUACCCUCCACUAACUUCUGAGCAAGUAAAUAUAACCUGGUAUAAACCUUCCAGCAAAAUCCCAGUGUCCAGAAACACACAGUCUAGAAUUCACCAGGACGAGAGCUGGAUUUUGUUUCUCCCCAUGACGUGGGCGGAUGCAGGGAUCUAUCAAUGUGUCAUAAAGAAUAUAAACAGCUGUCACAGAAUACACGUUAACCUAACUGCUUUUAGAAAAUACUGGUGUGGUACUUCCAGAAAUGUUCUACCGAAUUUAUCAGACGAGUAUCUACAAACACUACAUUUUGGAAAAGAUGACAGUCUUAUGUGUCACUUGAAUUUCCCAAAGAGUUGUGUUUUGGAUUUAAUAAAGUGGUAUAAGGACUGUAAAGAGAUUAAAGAAGAGCGGUUUAAUACUGUGGGAAUGAAGCUUUUUGUGAAAAACGUCUCAGCAGAAGACAGAGGGAAAUAUGCAUGUCAAGCAAGACUGACACACGGGGGGAAAGAGCACACAGUUCUAAAUAGCAUUAGUGUAGAUGUAACAGAAAAAAUUGAAUAUGGAGACAGAAUUCCUAAAAUUACUUAUCCAAGAAACAAUUCAAUUGAAGUAGAACUUGGCUCCACCCUUAUUGUGGAUUGCAACAUCACAGAUGUCAGGGAGAACACCAAUCUACGCUGCUGGAAAGUCAACAACACUCUGGUGGAUCUUUACUAUCGUGAGUCCAAGCGAAUCAGAGAAGGAUAUGAAUCAUGUGUGCCUUUUGAGCAAUAUAAUAGGUACACAGUAAACAUAACCUUCCUCCAAGUGAAAAUGGAAGAUUAUGGCCGCCAUUUUGUGUGUCAUGCCGGAGUAUCAGCAGCAUACAUUGUGUUAAAGCUCCCAGUUCCAGAUUCCCGAGCUUACUUGAUAGGAGGGUUCAUAGCCUUGACAGGUGUGGCUGUGUCUGUCAUGUGCAUCUACAACGUUUUUAAGAUUGACAUUGUGCUUUGGUAUCGAAGCACCUUCCGUUCUACUGGGGCCAUAGAUGAUGGGAAGCUGUAUGAUGCAUAUGUCUUAUACCCCAAGCCUCAAAGUGGAAGCCAGAGGCAGGAAGUGGACAUGAUGGUGUUGAAGAUCCUGCCAGAGGUGCUGGAGAGGCAGUGUGGAUAUAAGUUAUUUAUAUUCGGGAGAGAUGAACUUCCAGGACAAGCGGUGGCCAGUGUCAUUGAUGAGAACAUUAAGCUGUGCAGGAGGCUGAUCAUCAUUAUAGUCCCUGAAUCUCUGAGCUUUGGCCUGUUAAAGAACAUGUCAGAAGAACAAAUCACGGUCUACAAUGCCCUCAUCCAGGACGGAAUGAAGGUCAUUCUGAUUGAACUGGAGAAAAUCAAGGACUACACAGACAUGCCGGAGUCAAUUAAGUAUAUCAGACAGAAGCACGGGGCCAUCCGGUGGAGUGGGGACUUCACGGAGGAAUCCCAAUCUGCAAAGACCAAGUUUUGGAAAAAAGUGCGAUUUCACAUGCCACCCACAAGGUAUCCCCCAUCUUUCUGUAGUCCAGCUGCUGAUGCAUGUCCUGUAACUAUACAGUGUAUAAGAGGGAGGUCAACAAGGGGUUCAUUACCCAGGGACGGAUAGCUUGCUGUCAUGUGGAGCCUUAUAGUUGUAUAAAGAUGCAUUUCAUUUGGGCUGUCUGCCCCUGAAGAUUGUGUUAUAUACUUGUGUCAAAUCAGUUCUGGCUCAUGGCAACCCCAUGUGUGUCAGAAAAAUAGCAAACAAACUAACAAAAACAGGACCUCUCACAAGCAUAUGACGUCCUCAGUUUGCGUUUAGCUACUAACCAAAAGAUUGAUGGUCCAAAUCCAUCCCGCAAUGCCACGGAAGAAAAGCUUGGUGAUCUACUUGGGAAAGAUCACAGCCAUUGAAAACCUAACAGAGUACAGUUCUACUCGGACACACAUGGGGUCGCCAUGAGUUGGAAUUGGCUUGACCCCACCUGGUUUACUGGUUGAGCACUGUUGGUGAACUGAUUAGUUGAAUUAUUUUUUUUUAAGUCAGAAAGCUUCUGUCCCUCCAAUAUGUGUAUUAAGUUUCUUUUUGUUUAAAAGUAUGUGAAGAUUUAUUAUUAAUGCAAUAAUAUUAAUAAAUUAUUUCAGUACAUUUUAUUUUAUGUUUAAUUAAAAUAUAUUUUAUGUCAUAUAUAAGGAGCUCCUUUUCUCAAAGCUAAGGCCAUUUCAUACAUUUGAGCAGUGUAUCUCUGUUCUCAGGUGUGAAUACAUUCUCCUGUUGUCAGACCUUGUGUUCUGAUUUGGGAUUUGUAAAAUAUAGCUGCCGUGCUUUAAAAGAUUAGUUAGGCUUGUCUUACAACCGUUGAGUCCUACCCUUUUUAAUUGUGGCCCCUUUGAUAAUUUCAUGAACUGUGUAGGAUAUCUUCCUAGGCAAUACACACACUCACAAAAUUUUGGUGAAGGUGGAUAGUCCUUUUCAAGCUCAUCAACGGGAUCUAUAGAAGGUACAUAGAUCCAGGAUAGGGACUCUUGCCCUAGACGGCCUUUCGUUUCUAUUUCUAUGGAUGUAAUGCUAAAUUUUACAGGGUUUUACAGGGUUCUACAUAGAAGCCCGAAGAUAAGCACAUUGGUAAGUGAGUCAUUCAGAGUUCUCCUAAAAAUGAUCUGGGAGAACAGACUUAGGAUUUUAGUGGUAUUUUACCAACCCAUCACUCUUCUAGACUGAAGCUUUCCAGCUGGUAUGCCAUGAGUGAGUUACAGAUCCCUGAGGUAAUUACUCCUGAGAUACUCAUUCAUGGUCCAUCUGGAGUCUUAGACCUUGUCU